ACGAAAUAGUGCAGCUAAUCGAUUAAUCGGAAGCGUCGGAGCGGAGUCGUGUCGUUUUCAGACAUAUAUAAACCUGACGGACCCUAUUUGUGAACGGUGCAAUGCUGUCAGAGGUACUGCAAGUACUGAGAGGUGCAGGCAAGGUGACUGCUGCCUUUGCCACAACCCAAGGGGACCACGUGAGACUGGUGGCCUGCAACUCAACCCUGGGUGCAGGUCUCAAAACAGCCCAGGAUGUGGUGCAGGACUGGGCAGGAACCAUGAUGAGGCGAGAGGAGACACUGAAGCCCGAAGAGUUUCCUGACCUUGAGGGAUGGGACCAGCCUGAGCAAGAGGAUGCUGCAAAAUGGGCUGUGGGCUCUGAGCCACCACCAGGAGUCACUAGUGAGGGUGGCACUGCUAUGACAGGAACACCCCGAACAGUUGCUGCUGGCAGUGGCUGGCCUGCGCAGACAUCUCGCUUCCUGCACAUUUCAGCGCCUCGUCGGCACAGCAGGUUCAUUCAUGACUCGGUAGUGGCCAGACUAACUCCAGCGGACAUCAGAAAAGCCAGAGAAGCUAAACAGAGCAUUACCAGACCUGUACGACAGAAGCUGAAUGAACGAUCCAGAGAGCAGAAAGUCCCUGUCACACAGAUAAGUCGGCUUGUGAAUUUUGGGGGCUUGGCUGUUGGGCUUGGUCUUGGUGCCAUUGCUGAGGUAGCCAGACAGUCUUUCAGGGGCAGUCGCUCAGAUGGGCAAGCUGUCUUGGAUUCUCCACUCCUGUCCGAGGCCAACGCUGAACGCAUCGUUAGAACUCUGUGUAAGGUGCGAGGAGCUGCCCUGAAGCUUGGACAGAUGUUGAGCAUUCAGGAUAAUAGCUUCAUCAAUCCACAGCUGCAGAAGAUCUUUGAAAGGGUUCGGCAGAGUGCAGACUUCAUGCCGGUCAGUCAAAUGAAUAAGGUUGUGGAGGAGGAGCUUGGCUCUGGCUGGAAGGAGAAGCUUUCGUCCUUCCAGGACAAACCAUUUGCAGCAGCGUCCAUCGGGCAGGUGCACCACGCGGUCUUACGAGACGGCAGGGAGGUUGCCAUGAAGAUACAGUACCCUGGAGUGGCUGAGAGCAUCAGAAGUGACAUAAACAACCUAAUGUCUGUGCUAAAGAUGAGCGUGGUGUUUCCUGACGGGUUAUUUGCUGACAGCAGCCUAGAAGUCCUUAAGAGGGAGCUUGCCUGGGAGUGUGACUACAGAAGAGAAGCAGAGUGCACUAAGCGCUUCAGGACUUUACUGGAAGGAGAUCCAGUGUUCAGGGUGCCUGAGGCCAUUGAUGAGUUCAGUACCAGUCGUGUGAUCACUAUGGAGCUCGUUAACGGAGUCCCAUUAGACAGCUGUGUGGAUCUGGAUCAGGAUACUAGGAAUAAAAUUUGCUUCAGUAUCUUACAGUUGUGUCUCCGAGAGCUCUUUGAGUUUCGCUUCAUGCAGACAGACCCAAACUGGUCCAACUUCUUCUACAAUGCCGAGGACAAAAAGAUAUUCCUUUUGGAUUUUGGAGCUUGUCGAGAAUACUCCGAGUCCUUCACUGACCACUACAUAGAGGUGGUGCAUGCAGCCUCUAUAGGGGACAGGACCACAGUUCUGCAGAAGUCCAAAGACCUGAAGUUCCUCACAGGAUAUGAAACCAAGGCGUUCGAGGAUGCCCACGUGGAGGCAGUGAUGAUUCUGGGGGAAGCGUUCGCCUCUCCAGAGCCCUUUGACUUUGGGACUCAGAGCACCACCCGUCGCAUCCACAACCUGAUACCAGUGAUGCUCCGGCACCGCCUGGCGCCCCCUCCAGAGGAGACCUACUCUCUGCAUCGCAAGAUGGCUGGCUCCUUCCUCAUCUGCUCCAAACUACGGGCAUGCAUUCCCUGCAGGGACAUGUUCCUCAACAUCUAUAACGCCUACAAACGCCGGAGCCAAGCGCGAGCAGGGCAAAACUGGAGACAAAAGGGCAGUGUUUGACUCUGGGACAGCGAUAGCCAACACUACAUGGUCACUGGUUGUGUGUAGGUAGAUGGACUCAGACACAGUAAAGUCUGGUAACUGUCUUUUGCUGCUGAAUGUCAUGACCAAGGACUUUGACUAUAAAAACAAAACCCUUCUGUGUUUGUUUAACAAACUUCAGCUUUCUCUGUGUGGUUUAAUCCCCAGGCAGUUUAUUUCAAAGAGGUGUGUUUGUGUGUAAUAGUACAUUUUACAUAAAUGAGUACAUAUUAAGAACAAAGAAUAAGGAAUUUUUCUUAUCUGAUAAUGUUUCAAAAUGCACAACUGAAAAAGAAACAAAACACCCAAAUAACAAUCUGGGGUGUUUUACGCCUUCUCCAUCAGUGUUUUGUUUCUUUUUCAGUUGUGCAUUUUGAAACAUUAUCAGGAGAAGGCGUAAAACACCCCAGAUUGUUAUUUGGGUGUUUUGUUUCUUUUUCAGUUGUGCAUUUUGAAACAUUAUCAGAUAAG